UCAUUCGUACACACAACAGCAAAAAAAAAAUAUGACUAGCAGCGAGUUCUCUUCUUCUUCUUCUUCUUCUUCUUCGUCACCAAGCGAUCGUAGGAUCGGUGCUCUGCUCCGUCAUCUCACUGCCGCUACGGAUUCCGAUAACCUGAGCUCCGUUUAUGCCUCGCCGACAUCGGGAGUCUCCGGCGGUUCUGUUUUCGCUCAUCUUGUUCAAGCUCCCGAGGAUCCUAUUCUUGGGGUGACAGUUGCGUAUAACAAAGACCCGAGCCCAGUUAAGCUGAAUUUGGGAGUUGGUGCUUACCGUACUGAGGAGGGAAAACCUUUGGUUCUUAAUGUUGUAAGGAAAGCUGAGCAGCAGCUUAUCAAUGACAGAACAAGAAUCAAGGAGUAUCUUCCCAUUGUUGGAUUGGUUGAGUUCAACAAGUUAAGCGCUAAGCUCAUAUUAGGCGCUGACAGUCCUGCUAUUCGAGAGAAUCGCGUUACAACCGUUGAGUGUUUGUCUGGUACUGGUUCCCUCAGAGUUGGAGGGGAGUUUUUGGCUAAGCAUUAUCAUCAGAAAACUAUUUAUAUUACUCAGCCAACAUGGGGAAAUCAUCCCAAAAUUUUCACGUUGGCCGGUUUGACAGUGAAAACUUACCGCUACUACGAUCCAUCGACACGUGGGUUGAACUUUCAAGGUUUAAUAGAAGACCUUGGUGCUGCCACUCCUGGUUCUAUAGUGCUUCUCCAUGCCUGUGCCCAUAACCCAACUGGUGUUGAUCCAACCAUUCAACAAUGGGAGCAAAUCAGGCAGUUGAUGCGAUCAAAGGGAUUGAUGCCAUUCUUUGAUAGUGCUUAUCAGGGCUUCGCGAGUGGAAGCCUGGAUACAGAUGCAAAACCGAUUAGGAUGUUUGUUGCUGAUGGUGGAGAAUGCCUCGUUGCUCAAAGUUAUGCGAAGAACAUGGGACUAUAUGGGGAAAGAGUUGGAGCUCUCAGCAUUGUAUGCAAAUCAUCAGAUGUUGCAGGGAAAGUUGAAAGCCAACUGAAACUAGUGAUAAGGCCAAUGUACUCAAGUCCUCCGAUUCAUGGUGCAUCAAUCGUGGCUGUAAUCCUCCGAGAUAGGAAUUUGUUCAACGAAUGGACUCUGGAACUGAAGGCCAUGGCUGAUCGUAUCAUCAGCAUGAGAAAGCAGCUUUUCGAGGCAUUACGUGCUAGAGGUACGCCUGGAGACUGGAGUCACAUAAUAAAGCAGAUAGGUAUGUUUACAUUCACAGGGUUAAACCCAGCUCAAGUCUCCUACAUGACUAAAGAGUACCACAUCUACAUGACUUCCGACGGGAGGAUAAGCAUGGCUGGUCUGAGCUCGAAGACUGUACCGCACCUUGCUGACGCUAUCCACGCUGUUGCGACCAAAGCCGUCUGAGAAACCGAACACCGACUACGACCACUUCGAUUGAUUCGUCAUAAUAAAGAAUAUGUUUUUUCUCUCUUAUAGCAUUUCCGGCAGUAACAAUAUAAAUGUCGUUACGAUUAUUAUUAUUUCAUCCCAGUAUUAAUAAAGUACGCAAGAGAGCUCUUGUGUUUCUGCUACU